AUGUCGUACACCCGUACCUGCGAGAUACCCGGCAUCACCGUUGCCGGCGCAAACCCGGACAUGCUAAAGUUCACGCCGCCGGCAGACGCAGAGUUCAUCCGCUACGGGCGCUGCAGGUGCAUCGACGCCAUACCAAUGACGCCAGACGGCAAGCCCACGCCGGCGCUCUUCACCCGCGUGGCGCUAAACGCAGCCGACAUCCCCUUUGUCGCAAUAGACGCAGGCGGCGUCAUAGAGCCGCAGAUGCCCUUCAUUCAGACAGGACUCAAACCGGGCGGAGACAUCUCCCGGGAGCCGGCAAUGUCCAAACCCUCCCUCCUGAGGGCCAUAGAGUACGGCAAGGCGACGGGCCAGAUGCUGGCGCCGCUGACUGACUGCCUGGUGAUAGGGGAGAGCCUUCCGGGGGGGACCACCACGGCGCAGGCGGUGAUGAGGGGACUGGGAAUCGACGCCCGGUCAAGCUCCAGCAUGCCCAAAAACCCCGUGUCCCUGAAGGAGAAGGUCGCAGCGGCCGCGCUGGACAGGCUGCAUUCCAGCGACCCGCAAGACAUAAUAUCACAGCUGGCAGACCCCAUGAUCCCGUUUGUUGCUGGCAUGCUCUCAUCGGCAUCCCGGACCGCCCGCGUCAUGCUUGCCGGGGGAACGCAGAUGGCAGCCGUUCUGGCAGUCGCCAGAUCCCUGAACCUUGGGAUAAGGAGCACCGCCAUAGGGACCACCAGGUACAUCACAGACGACAGGACCGCCAACCUCCUGGACAUGGCAGACGUGCCCGUGCUGGCAGUGGACCCAGGCGUCUCAGGCUCCCACAUAGGCGGGCUCCGGGCGUUCUCCGAGGGCUUCGCCAAGGAGGGCGCCGGCGCCGGCGGCAGCAUGAUAUCUGCCGUCCUCAAGGCGGGCAUCACAACAUCACGCCUGCGCACCCUCGCAGAGGCCGAGUACGCCCGGAUAUCUACCUGA